GAGGGCCCCGCCCGGCCCGGGCUGCGCAGGCGCCGCGGGCCGGGGAGUUACGGCCGCGCCGGGAAGUUGUGCUGGGAGUGCCGCGAGUGCCGAGCCGAGCCCGCCGCCAACCAACCCCGCCAUGUCGGGCUCCUCCAACGUGGCGGCCAUGAAGAAGGUGGUGCAGCAGCUGCGCCUGGAGGCGAGUGUGACCCGCGUGAAGGUUUCUCAGGCUGCAGCUGACUUGAAGCAGUUCUGCCUGCAGAAUGCACAACAUGAUCCCCUACUGACGGGAGUAUCAUCAAGUACAAAUCCAUUCAGACCCCAGAAAGUUUGUUCAUUUUUGUAAUUAUGUGAACUACUUCAGUAUCUUUCAGUGAUCUUUUAGCAUCUUUUCCUACCUGCUGAUGUGUGUAUGGGCAGAGUGCCUCAAGGAGUGGCCUGGUUUGAAGUCUGUACAAAAGCUUAGCUGUAACGUGCCAAAUCUAACUCUAAAAGUGCUACUGUCGUCAAACUUCUUACCAUCUACCUCUCCAGAUGAACUGUAUGCUAGUUACGUAUUUCUGUUUCAUAUGGGAAUCAGUUUUAUACGCCAAGCAAAAAAUAAAAAUAUCUUGACGUAGUCUGGUCUUGAAAUUACUGUAAGAAUUUGAUUAACCUCUGGGCAUGGUGGCACCUCCCAGUCAGUGCAUCACACUGUGGCAGCUGGAGAGCAGAGAGAGGAGUUGUAAAUAUUCUCUGCUGCUGCAAAUCUGCCUGGGGUUAACAGUCCUUCAGAACAAUGAGGCUCCAGCAGUACCAUACUUAGAAGUAUAACAGAAAUAGAACAGGAAAAAAUUUUGGACUGUUUAUAAUUCAGCUAUACAGCUGUGCCAUAUCAUAGACGUCACAUUAAGACAGUAAAUUACUCUUAAUGAGUUCUAUGUGCCUUCUUAUUCAUUAGGUAAAUAUGAAAAAGCACGGCUGUAUCUGAAAAGAAACUAGCUCAAAGAAAACUUGACCUUUUAGAUGCCACUGAAUGUGCCAACUUAGGUAAAAACGGUAGUUUCUGUGCAGAUAAUACUAAUUUGAGUGUUGCUGUGAGGCUGAAGAAGCAUUUUUAAAACAUUAAUGGGGAAAUCCCUGCUCAGAGACCUCACAUAGUCACUGAGCAGCAUUUUUAGAUGGUAGCGCUAUGUAGUUCUGUAAGGGGGUUUUGCGAAUUCUUUCCCAUCUGUCUUUGUUUCCUUUCUAACUGCUUUGGGUAUAUAAACCUCUUGUCAAUGCAACAUUUACAGAAAAGAUACCUGUAGGAGUUAUGCAUAUUGUUUUUGUUAACUUCAGCAACAUGCUUAUUUUAUGCAAAAUGCUAAUUAAAUAAAAUAACAUGGAUUUCA